UUUUGGGCUAUUAUGUUUAUGUCUGGCUAAGAGAGCUUACUCAGUACUUAUUACUAGCUAGAGAUUUUGAUCCCAUUUUUGGAUUUUUUUGGUCGCAAUCGAAAACAUUGAAUCCAAAAUCCAAACACAGAAAAUUAAAAAUCCUCAAAGUUUUGAAAGUCUUAAAUAACCAAACCACCACCACCGCCUCCUCACCAAUAUUCAACUUCUUUUAACUGCUACACUUCUUCAACUACCUCUCUCUCUCUCUCUCUCUCUGUCUCCUUUGAAGGUCAAAGGACAAGGAGUUUGAGCGGGUAUAGAUACAGUUCCACAGUAAGAUCCUGUUGUGACACCACAUCUUGUCUUGUAGCUUAUGAGAACUUUUGAGAUUCUUGUAAUAUUGUAAGGAACUGUUUCCUUCUGGGCAUUAUGCAUGUCUGGCCCUGUGGCCAUUGUUGAUAAUGUGGUUGGAGCACUUUCUUGUGCAGAUAGAACAAAAUCUCUUGAUGCCAUUAUCGAUAAAGAUUGCACGCCCAUAUUACCUAAUAGUGAAGUUGGUCAUAGUUCUGAAACUGCUGGCUUUAGAGUUGGUGAGCUCUUACUUGCCAAUGGGGAAUCAUAUUCGGGGUCGUUGCUCGGGGACGUCCCUGAGGGUAUGGGGAAGUAUGUGUGGUUGGAUGGUUGCGUUUAUGAGGGUGAGUGGAGACGGGGGAUAAAACAUGGGAAUGGAAAACAACUAUGGCCUUCUGGAGCAGUUUAUGAGGGUGAGUUUUCAGGUGGUUAUAUGCAUGGUACAGGGUUGUAUAUAGGAUCGGAUAAUUUGACAUAUAAGGGACGAUGGCGGUUGAAUGUCAAACAUGGAUUGGGAUAUCAAAAUUAUCCUAAUGGAGACAUCUUUGAAGGUUCAUGGAUUCAGGGUUCACCAGAAGGGCCAGGUAAGUACACCUGGGCUAAUGGAAAUGUUUAUGUAGGGAAUAUGAAAGGUGGGAAAAUGUCAGGAAAAGGAACCCUUACUUGGAUGAAUGGAGACUCAUUUGAAGGAAACUGGUUAAAUGGCAUGAUGCAUGGAUUUGGAGCAUAUACAUGGAGUGAUGGAGGCUGCUACGUGGGAACUUGGACACGGGGUUUGAAGGAUGGAAAAGGAUCAUUUUAUCCAAAAGGUAGCCGACUCCCUGCUGUACAAGAAUUUUACCUCAAUGCUUUGAGGAAAAGAGGGCUAUUACCUGAUUUGAGAAAGCAGAACCCUGCACAUAUUCAUCAUGCUGCUUCUGUGGAUAUGGGAAAUGUCAAGGUUGGUGGGAACCAGAGAUCUCGUCGUGCUUCAUCUGACCAAAAGCUUUCCAAGGGAAGCCUGUUAAAUUUAGAGCAGUCUCGCAACAGAAAUGUUUGCCUGGAAAGGCGUUGGAGUCUAGAGGUAUCUAUUGAGAAAGUGAUUGGACAUGAUUCAUCACUAGGGUUAACGGACUUUUUGCAAGAAGGUAGUGAAAAGGAUGAUGAGUUCAGCAUUCCAAUCCUGGAACGAGAAUACAUGCAAGGGGUAUUAAUCAGUGAACUUGUAUUGAACAAUGGUUUUGCAUCAUCAUCAAGAAGAGCAAAUGGUUUUGCACCAUCAUCCAAAAGAGCAAAACGACUGCAAAAGAAACUCGCAAAAGAGGUUAAGAGGCCCGGUGAAGCAAUCAUUAAAGGUCAUAGGAGUUAUGACCUAAUGCUCAGUUUACAGCUUGGAAUCAGAUAUACUGUAGGGAAAAUUACUCCCAUACAAAGGCGAGAAGUUCGGACAUCAGAUUUUGGUCCCCGUGCUAGCUUUUGGAUGAAUUUUCCUAAAGAAGGGUCCCAAUUGACACCAUCUCAUCAAUCAGAGGAUUUCAAGUGGAAAGAUUAUUGCCCAAUGGUUUUCAGGAAUUUAAGGGAAUUGUUCAAGAUUGAUGCUGCUGAUUACAUGAUGUCCAUUUGUGGGAAUGAUGCUCUGAGGGAACUUUCUUCUCCUGGGAAAAGUGGGAGUGUUUUUUUCCUGUCCCAAGAUGAUCGAUUCAUGAUUAAGACUUUGAGGAAAUCUGAAGUAAAGGUUCUUCUAAGAAUGCUUCCAGAUUAUCAUUAUCAUGUGAGGACAUAUGAAAACACGCUUAUUACAAAAUUUUUUGGCCUUCACAGAAUCAUACCUUCUAGUGGUCAAAAGGUAAGCAGCACAACGAAGCAUUCAUCUGUUCUAGAGUUUCGCUUUGUAGUAAUGGGAAAUAUGUUCUGCACAGAGUUGAGGAUCCAUCGAAGAUAUGAUUUGAAAGGUUCGUCCCUUGGACGUUCAGCAGACAAGGUUGAAAUUGAUGAGAACACAAUACUCAAAGAUUUGGAUCUAAACUAUCAAUAUUAUUUGGAACCCUCUUGGCGAGAGGCUUUAUUGAACCAGAUUGAGAUUGACAGUAAGUUUUUGGAAGCACAGCACAUUAUGGAUUACAGCCUUUUGUUAGGUGUGCAUUAUCGAGCCCCUCAACACCUGCGCUCUCUUAUGUUCUACCAAGGUAUAACGGCAGAUGGAUUGGAAAUGCUUGCAGAAGAAGACCCUCUAGAGAAUGAGAUCUCCAAUUACCCACAAAGCCUUGUUUUGGUCCCCCGUGGAACAGAUGAUAAUAGUGUUGUUGUGGGGCCUCACAUCAGGGGUAGCCGAUUACGAGCAUCAGCUGCUGGUGAUGAGGAAGUUGAUCUUCUUUUACCUGGUACAGCAAGGCUCCAAAUCCAGCUUGGUGUGAACAUGCCAGCAAGGGCAGAGCUGAUUCCAGGAAAAGAGGAAACCCAAAUGUUUCAUGAAGCAUAUGAUGUUGUUCUGUACCUUGGUAUCAUUGAUAUUUUGCAAGAUUACAACAUGAGUAAGAAGAUUGAACAUGCAUAUAAAUCUCUUCAGUUUGAUUCCUUGUCCAUCUCUGCCGUAGACCCUACAUUCUACUCGCAGCGCUUCCUGGAAUUCAUUCAAAAGGUGUUCCCCCCGAAUUCCAUAAGUUAAAAUUUUACAUUCUACUCGCAGUGCUUCUUGGAAUUCAUUCAAAAGGUGUUCACCCUGAAUUCCAUAAGUUAAAAUUUUGGUCAACGUACUUAACAUACUACUUGUGGGAGUGCUUGUGAUCAUUCUUGUCAAGGGUGAUGGUGGAAGAAGUAUCAGUUUGUCUUGUAAGUAUUGUUAAAUAGGUAAAGUAAGCUCAUUUUAGCCUAUCUAAAUGUUGUUGAUAGAAUAGUUUGAUUUUAUGUUCUCAUGAAUAUUUGAUUUUUUUUUCUCGGAGCACAUCCAGUUUGCAAUGGCAGUCUUUCAUUCAGGCA